AUGAUUCCUUAGUAAAGAUCUAAAUUUCCCAUUUUCGAGGUGCUCGAUAUUUUCAAAUUAUUUUAGUCCGACCUUUCAGAAAUUCUUUGAUCGAUCCAUCAAUUGAAUCACUCAACUUUGAGUGUCGCCAAAUGGAAUUUUCCUUACAACGGUCGCAAAGUCACGUGUGUGUUGUUUUCUUUGUAGCGAGCAAACUUAAGCGUGUAUUCUCUUCCCAUCUUGCUCAACCUUCAAACCAUAUCAAAUUUGUAACAAGAUAUAACACAAUGACGAUAACAACGGUUUUGAGGAGAUAUCUGCCACAAUCCAUUGCACAAAAUGGCAAAGCCGGCUGCAGGAGUUAUGCCACUCCAUCCUCCAGGCCAGCAUCCCGUCUCGGGCCGACCCUGGAUCUAGAGUCUUUCAUCCGAAGAUCAAAAGUCAUGUCUCUGUACCGCAGCUUCGUCAGGGCUACCUACAAGAUAGAAGACCCCCAGACUCGCAAGGAGACGUUGCAAUACUUUCGCGCAGAGUUUGAGAGCAAUAGGGGCGUCACCGAUGCGAGUCACGUAUCGCAUCUGUUGUCCAUGGGCAGGACCAUGUUGGGCAGCAUAGAGCGGUCAGUCAACCAAAGAUCAUCAUAGCAUAUAUCAAACCACAUAUAAUACACAGU